AUGAUUUAAUAAAAAGAUUAAGUUUCCAUAAUUCAUUGGCACUACCAUAUUAACUAGCUGUAGAAUUGUUUGUUGGUAAGGUAAGAGUAAAAUUUCAGUUAUUAUCCAACACUUAUUCUUCAAGCCGGGUGAACUAUGAUGGAGCCUAUAUAAGCAAAUCAUGAGGAUUGUUUUGCAUGCACAUUAAUCUCAUAAGCCUCUCAACGGUCUUUGUUCUCUUUUCUUGCUCUUUCGUUUUUGUUUCGAAGAUCACAUAAGCUUCUGCCAUUUACCAUGAGUAAUAAUUUACCUGCUGCUGCAAAAGUCAUAGUAGAAGAAGAGAUUGGAGAUAGUCUGCCUCCAGGCUAUUAUUUUCUUCCUUCUGCUGCACAAUUAAUUGAAGAGUACUUGCUUCAGAAAAUCUUGGAUCUUCCUAUGGCGUCUAAUAUUGUUAAGAUUAUGGAUUUCGUCGAGCUAAUAGACCCCGAUCAGCUUAAUUUAGAAGAAUUCAAGUACUGCAAAGACAAAGAGGGUUAUUAUAUUACAAAAAAAGCAGAAAGAAAGGCGAAUGAGAAAACGAUUAUAAAGACACUUACGGGGCAUUGGAAGGAAUACAAAUCAAAUAUUCCUAUUUCUAACAACAGCCAAAUUGUCGGGUACAAGAGCACUUUCACUUUUUACCAGGCAGAUGGUACAGAAACAGCUUGGAAAUUGAAUGAAUACACAAGCAAUCCUGAUAUCGUGCCGGUUGAUGCACUUACUGACACUGUUCGAGCUAAGAUAGAAGAAUAUGUAGCAUGCAGAAUUCACAUCAAAAAAGUGAAAUUAGCGGAACAAGUCAUCUACAAUGAAGAAACUGUAAAGGACGAAGACGAAGAUGAAGAUGGAGAAGAAUAAGGGCCAGACCUUUUUAUUAGGAUUAUUUAACACUAAUUCUUUUUCUUUCUGUUUUGUAAUAUAGUUCCAGAAUUGUAUCUGGUAUUAGUGUUGCUUCCUUGUCACACUAAUAAAUUUUGUUAGUUAUUUAACAGUCAAAUAAUAAUUCAGAUUACAGUAUUGAA